UGAAGGUACACCGGAAAUUCCUGGCAUUGCCACUCACUUGCAUCGCAGAGAAAGGGAGGGAGAGAAAAAGAAAAGCAAAGGAAACAGAGAGACAGAGAGAGACUCUCUCUCUAUCUUUAUCCAUGGCCUAAAACCCUGUCUUUCUCUCUCUUUCUCUCUCUUUCAUUAAAAUCUAAUUUCUUUCUCUGAAACAAGGUUUCCCUGCCUAAGAUUUCUUUUUGUCCUUUCUUGAUCUGCAACUCUCCAGUUGUUUUUCUUGUUUCUUGUGUCUCUGGUCAAAUGGGUCUUUGCUAAUUUUGCUCAACAUGGACCAGCCUCUCCGUAGGCUUUAGAAAAGGAAGUUGUGCAUAAAACACCUGCACAGAAGGCAGGACUUGGAAUUUUGCCCUUUUUCUGGUGUUUUUUAGCCAAUUUAUAAGAGAUGGGGAAAAGUAGAAUAAAGGCAAGGCUCCGCCGGAGCCAGUUCCACCCAUUUUCAUGCAUGAGACCAAGAAAAGGAGAUGAUGAAGAACCUCAUCCAGUUGAAGGACCUGGGUACUCAAGAAUUGUUCAUUGCAACCAACCCCGUAUGCACCGGAAAAAGCCCUUAAAAUAUUGCUCAAAUUAUAUAUCCACAACAAAGUAUAACAUCAUCACCUUCCUGCCUAAGGCACUCUUUGAACAGUUCCGGCGAGUUGCUAAUAUCUACUUCCUUUUGGCUGCUAUUCUUUCACUUACACCUGUUGCUCCAUUCUCUGCUGUCAGCAUGAUUUUCCCUUUGGCUUUUGUUGUUGGUAUUAGUAUGGUAAAAGAAGCUUUAGAAGAUUGGCGUAGGUGUGUGCAGGAUAAGAAGGUUAAUACCAGGAAAGCUGCUGUCCAUUUAGCAGAUGGAUUUGAUUAUAAGACAUGGGAGAAGAUUCAGGUUGGUGAUGUGGUGAGAGUGGAAAAGGAUCAGUUUUUCCCUGCUGAUUUACUUUUACUGUCCAGUAGUUAUGAAGAUGGGAUUUGUUAUGUGGAGACUAUGAAUUUGGAUGGGGAGACAAACUUGAAGCCAAAAAGAGCUUUGGAGGUAACGUUGUCUCUGGAUGAAGAUGAGGCUUUCAAGGAUUUUACAGGAACGAUAAAAUGUGAGGACCCAAAUCCCAGUCUUUACACCUUCAUUGGUAAUUUUGAGUAUGAUAGUCAGGUUCAUCCUCUUGAUCCUAGUCAGGUUCUCCUUAGAGAUUCAAAACUUAGGAAUACUGCUUUUGUGUAUGGGGUUGUGAUCUUCACUGGUUUUGACAGCAAGGUCAUGCAGAACUCAACAAAGUCCCCUUCAAAAAGGAGCAGAAUAGAAAGAAAAAUGGAUAAAAUUAUAUAUCUCCUUUUCAACUUACUUAUAUUGAUCUCUUUGAUAAGCGCAAUUGGUUUUGGAGUGAAGGUAAAAUUUCAAAUGCCUGACUGGUGGUACAUGCAACCCUCAAAACCUGAAAAUUUGUAUGAUCCGAAAGCCCCUGUCAAGUCAGGUUUAGCCCAUCUGAUCACUGCUCUCAUCCUCUAUGGGUAUUUAAUACCCAUCUCUCUCUAUGUUUCAAUUGAGGUUGUGAAAGUUUGUCAAGCAAGAUUCAUUGAUGAAGACCUGAAGAUGUAUGACGAAGAAACUGGCAAUACUGCUCAAGCACGAACAUCAAACUUAAAUGAGGAGUUGGGCCAAGUCGAUACAAUCCUCUCUGAUAAAACCGGAACCUUGACCUGUAAUCAGAUGGAUUUUUUGAAGUGUUCCAUUGCUGGUAUUGCAUAUGGUGUGCGCUCCAGUGAAGUUGAACUUGCUGCAGCAAAACAGAUGGCCAUGGACCUUCAGGACCAGGAUGCAGAAAUGUCUAAUGGUUCCAGGCUAAAGAACCUUGCAUGUAAUUCGUGGGAGCAUAGCAGUGCAGCACCAGAAAUUGAACUCGAGACUGUCAUUACUUCUAAAGAUGAAAAGGAUCAGAGAGUAGCAAUAAAGGGGUUUAGUUUUGAGGACAAGCGUCUCAUGGAUGGAAAUUGGUUGAAGGAACCUAAUACAGAUGUCAUUUUAUUAUUCUUUCGGAUAUUAGCAGUUUGUCAGAGUGCUGUUCCUGAGCUGAAUGAAGAUACUGGCAUUUUCACAUAUGAAGCAGAAUCUCCUGAUGAAGGAGCCUUUCUUGUUGCAGCAAGAGAAUUCGGUUUUGAAUUUUGUAAAAGAACUCAAUCAAGUGUGGUUAUCCGUGAAAAAUAUGCUCAACCAGGACAACAGGUCGAAAGGGAGUUCAAAAUUCUUAAUUUGUUGGAAUUUACUAGCAAAAGAAAGCGAAUGUCUGUAAUUGUGAGGGAUGAGGAUGGGCAGAUUCUGGUCCUGUGCAAAGGUGCUGACAGCAUCAUUUUUGACCGGCUAUCAAAGAAAGGAAGAAUGUAUGAGGAAACUACUACUAAGCACUUGAACGAAUAUGGAGAAGCAGGGUUGCGCACAUUGGCGCUUGCUUACAAGAAGCUUGACGAGUCCGAGUAUGAUGCAUGGAACAAUGAGUUUACAAAAGCCAAAACUUCUAUUGGUGCUGAUCGAGAAGGGAUGCUUGAGCGAGUAGCAGACAUGAUGGAAAAGGAAUUGAUUCUUGUGGGUGCUACUGCCGUUGAGGACAAAUUACAAAAAGGGGUGCCCCAGUGCAUAGACAAACUUGCUCAAGCUGGCCUCAAGAUAUGGGUUUUGACAGGGGAUAAGAUGGAAACUGCAAUCAAUAUAGGAUAUGCGUGUAGUUUGCUUCGACAAGGAAUGAAACAGAUUUGCAUUACAGUGGUGAACUCAGGCGCAAUAUCCCAAGAUUCCAAACAGGUUGUGAAGGAUAAUAUUUUGAAUCAAAUCUCCAAUGCCUCUCAAAUGAUUAAGCUAGAGAAGGAUCCAGAUGCUGCAUUUGCAUUAAUUAUUGAUGGGAAAACUCUGACUUUUGCUCUGGAGGAUGACAUGAAGCUCAAGUUCUUGGCAUUAGCAGUUGAUUGUGCUUCUGUCAUAUGCUGCCGUGUCUCUCCCAAGCAGAAGGCACUGGUAACAAGAUUAGUGAAAGAAGGAACUGGAAGAGCAACCUUAGCUAUAGGUGAUGGCGCAAAUGAUGUUGGAAUGAUUCAGGAAGCUGAUAUCGGUGUCGGCAUCAGUGGGGUGGAAGGUAUGCAGGCUGUGAUGGCCAGUGAUUUCUCAAUUUCCCAGUUUCAGUUCUUGGAAAGACUCCUAGUAGUGCAUGGACAUUGGUGCUACAAGAGAAUUGCUCAGAUGAUUUGCUAUUUCUUCUACAAAAAUAUAGCAUUUGGUCUCACCCUGUUCUACUUCGAGGCAUUCACAGCCUUUUCUGGGCAGUCAAUUUACGACGACUGGUACAUGCUGCUGUUUAAUGUCGUUCUUACCUCCUUACCUGUUAUUUCACUCGGAGUUUUCGAACAAGAUGUUUCUUCAGAGGUCUGCUUACAGUUCCCAGCAUUGUAUCAGCAAGGACCCAAAAAUCUGUUCUUUGACUGGUAUAGGAUACUGGGUUGGAUGGCCAAUGGUCUCUAUUCCUCUCUUGUUAUUUUCUUCCUCAAUCUUGUCAUCCUGCUUGAACAACCCUUCCGAGCCGAAGGUCAAACAGCCGAUAUGUCUGCAGUGGGAACCACUAUGUUCUCUUGCAUCAUCUGUGCUGUAAACUGCCAAAUCGCACUUACAAUGAGCCACUUCACAUGGAUUCAACACGUGUUCGUAUGGGGAAGCGUUGCUGCUUGGUUCUUGUUUCUCAUACUUUACGGGAUGAUAUCUCCUAUUUAUUCUGGAAAUGCAUAUCAAAUUUUAGUUGAAGCUCUUGGUCCAGCACCAAUAUAUUGGUAUUCCAUCAUCUUGGUAACAGUUGCAUGUAAUUUGCCAUACAUGACUCACAUAUCAUUCCAAAGAAGUAUCAAUCCAAUGGAUCACCAUAUCAUCCAAGAAAUCAAGUACUACAAGAAGGAUGUUGAAGAUCAAUACAUGUGGAGAAGAGAGCGCUCAAAGGCUAGACAAGAAACCAAGAUUGGUUUCUCAGUAAGGGUGGAUGCAAAGAUCAGGCAAUUAAAAGGGAAGUUGCAGAAGAAGCAUUCAGCCUUAGUACAGAGUUAUGCAUCUUCACCAUCAUAGCCUUGUCCAAUUUUUUUUUUUUUCAUUUUUUUGGGAAAAGUUUAUAGGGUUUUUAGCCUUUAGCAGUUUUCCAUGAUUGCCCUUGUAAAAUUCAUUUUGCAGUGAUUUUUUUUUUCAAAUGUGAUUAAGUGGGGUUAGUUCAAGUCCCAUUCAGUAUACAGAUGCAUUAGAGCCUUGUACUAUGUACACUACCUAUAACAGCCUGUGAAAAUAGUUGAUAUGUAUAACAUUUUUAUUCUUCUCUCC